AUGAAAAAAGACAAGAAUCCGUUUAUGUCGCAUAAGCAGAGUGGACAGAAAGUUACUAAGUGUUUCGACAUUUGUGGGGAAACAGCGAAAGAAAAUUGGAGAGAACUUAGGGAUUGUCAUCGAGAUGGCCUCUGUAGACAGAAAAAGAAGAGUGGGCAGGCAGCGACCUCAGUCCGCCCAUGGCUGUAUCAAAAUCAUAUGGAAUUUUUAGUUCCAUAUAUGGCCAACAGAGGUACCGUAACAAAUAUGAUGGAAGAGGUAAAUGCUACAACGAGCGUUGCAAAUGAUGGUGGAGGAGAUGACGUAACAGACACGCAGAGGAACGAAACACAAGAUGACUUGGGGACGCCAUUGUCAAAGAAGAAUAUGAAAGCAGAUGUCAUUAAAAUCAUUCUUGAAAGUAUUAACAGCUACGAAGAGAGAGCUAAGAAAAGAGACAUUUUUCGCGAAAGAUCACUGCAUCAAGAAAAUGGCGCCUUACACCGAUUUUUCGUGUCGAUGUACCUAUCGACAAAAGAUAUGCCAAAGGCGUACCAAGUGUUGGUAAAGAAAAAAGUGUUUCAGUUAGUAUCUGAAACGGAGGAGGAAAUUUUGACUAGAUCAGUGGCUCGACAUCAUUCAUCAAUACCAUCAUGCAGCACAGAAAGUAGUUCGUCUACCACAUCAACAUCUGACUCUCCUGGUAUGGAGUUUGAACCUUCAGCACCACAUUUACUAUAA